GAACUUGAACACUGACGGGCAGAAGGCUGCGACCGUGACCACAGCCGGCGGAGGCAAAUAACCGACUGUGUGUGUGUGUGUGUAUUCGUUUGUCUGUGUUUUGAAUUUGUUUUAUGACACCGAUUAAAGUGUUCAGUCAUUCCGGAAUCCGUAUUGGUCUUUAACACGGACUGAAAGCCGGGGAUUUGCGCACAAAAAAGAAAAAAAAGAAAAAAAAAAAAGAAUGUCCAGGCGCAAACUUGGAAGCCGACCGCAACACCUGAACGUGAUUCAAGAUGCUCCAGAGCCCAGCGUGACUCAGACCUCACAGUGCUCUCCUGCUCACGUAACUGGAAGCAGUGAUCUACUGACAUGCGGUCAGUGUGGCCAGGCCUUCCCUCUGGCUCACAUCAUCACUUUCAUCCAGCACAAGCAGGGAGGAUGUAGCAGCACCAGGGCAGGUCCGAUGGACCACACACCUCAGUCUCCAGCCAAUCACACGUUCCGGCAUGGCCCUGCCAUGCAGCUGGAAACGGGCUACAUGGAGCUAAAGAGGACAACAGGCAGGCGUUGGGAGGAAGAGCCAGGUGUGAAGGCGGAGCCUAACCGAGCAGAUGAGCCAUCCAGUUUUACCUGCCUGUUGUGUGAGUGUGUGUUGCCUAGUGCAUGGGCACUUCUCCAACAUGCCCAAUAUACACACUCACUGAAUCUCUACCAAGCCAAGGCCAAUUACCCCCAAAAGCCCAAACCAGCAGCCAUGAUGGACCCACGCCACCUCGGUGCCACACUGGCCUCGGCUUUCCACUCUUCCUCAUCCUUGAAACGUUUACCCCGCUCCCAUCAGCCCCAGAGUCAUGUCCCCCUGUCAGGAGGCCGGGAUAUUCAGAGCCUGAACUUCUCACUGUGUCUUCAGCGGCUUGCAGAGGUUAGUGUUGGGAAUGGAGGAGUUGUGCCCUCACCAUCUCCUUCUCCACCCGCUGCUUCUCCUUUUCCUCAUUCUACACCUCCAUUGUUAGGCGCCUUCUCCUGUGAGGUCUGUGGUCAGAAUUUCCAGUCCUUGCGCAGCCUUUCUGCUCAUCGUCGCACACAUGCGACUGAAAAACCUUACCAUUGUGCUGUGUGCCAGCUAUCCUUUGCCCAAAGUGGUGAGCUAGCUCGACACAUGAGAAGCCACCGCAAAGCUCCAGAAAGCUCAUCAAAAGUGUCUGAAAGCACAUUAAGAAUGCCAAAUCUCGCUGCUGCCACAGCAAAUGAGGAUCGAAAAGUCCCAAGCAGGUUUUCUCAGCAGGGUUAUGGUGAUAAUGGGCAUCAGGAAGGUGACUCUGCAAGUACAGGUUUGAUCCUGUUGGCAUCUCAGCCAGGAGGAGCCAACCGCAGUUUGCAACGGUACUAUCCACUUCAGACUGAGGUCGAGGAGGAGGCACAGGGCGAGCCACAACACCCAUCACCCUAUGGCAGCCCUUCAGAGGGCUCACUGGACAGUGGAGAGACUGGCGAGAGUGGUAUCGCCAGUGGCAACUGCACUCCGAAAAGGCCUGAGCGUGACAACGAGAGAGAGGGCGAGAUUGAGGCAGAGGUAGAAGGCGUAGAUGUGGUGCAGGACUGGCAUCAGGACAAUGAGAGACGCCAGUCUGCUGGCCGCAAGAAAAGGGAAGAGGCAUGUGAAUUUUGCGGUAAACGUUUCCGCAACAGUAGCAACUUGACUGUGCAUCGGAGAAGCCACACGGGCGAACGUCCAUACCGUUGUGGUUUGUGCAGUUAUGCCUGUGCACAGAGCAGCAAGCUGACACGCCACAUGAAGACCCAUGGUACUCGUGGCACCCGUGCCCCCUUCCAGUGUCAGCUCUGCUCAGUGCCCUUUACAGUCUAUGCCACACUGGAGAAGCACCUAAAGAAGACACAUGGUAUUAGCCAUGCCACAGUCGGAACCUACAGCCAAAACACCCUUUCUGUAGGCUCUCCACUCCACUCAUACACCAAUCUUGCCAUUAAAAUGGAGGACGAGCACUCUGAAGGCCCAGUCCAACCCGGCACAGAGGCUCUGGACAUGUCUAAAUCUCUCAAAGAAGAGCAGUCUGAGAUGGUUGUCAGCACUGACGCCGCUCCCUCACCCACUCCUGAAGAUGAGAACCAUAAAGUCGAGUUGAGUCCAAGCACUGCAUAAACGUCGAGGAAUCCAUCAGGGAUCCUACUGACCAUAGCCAGCACACCAGACUUUUCGAGAAUUCUACAGAGCCCCUGGUCAAUACAUAUAUAAUAACAAUAACUGCGGCAUUAACACCAUCUUUUGGUGAAUAGGAGCCACAAUCUGGGGUACGUAAUUGAUCAGCGGACCAAGAUCAAAUCACAAUCAAGUGCCUAUCUGUAGACAACUGUGACCAUUCUUGUAAGGACUAGGUGUGAUAUCUAAAAUCUUUUGAACUCAGUGAGUGACUUGACUUUGACUGUCCAGUCUGGCCAGGACUAUAGAGGCAAAAUUGUCUUUCUGGCCCAGAAGAAAAACGGUGAAUCAGCCAAGAGCAUCAAUAACCAAGAAAGAUCAACAUUGUCUCUUCAUGAUUCUUAGAGGUUGGUCAACUCUGAUUGUUACAAGAAAAUACAGACUCAAUUUUAGUCAAAUCUCAUUGACUUGGAAAGUGGGACUUUUGUAAUGCUCUCCUUUCCAGUAAUUUUUUUUUGAGAGUAUAAUACUGGCAAUUUUGUUCGGUUCAAGUAAAAAUCCUUUUAAACUUGGAAACCGUCUUAAGCUGUGUCCUGAACACUGGACCUUAAUUUUGGAAUACUGUUUCUAAUCAGCACAGUUUGGGGAUGUGGCAAUGAGCAUCAACAAUCAUAACACAGAUUUUCUGCGUUCCUGCUCUCAAACAUGCAUGGCACUGUCUUGGGGAUCUUUUGGAAAAUUUAUUUGAAGUCAGCGCUUACAGUCUGUGCAUCGUAACCGAUUUAUCUCGAAUCCUCUAGCUGCUCUUCUAUGCAUAAAGCUUAAUUUUAUAAUAAAAAAGGAAACGGGUGUCUGUAUACGUUCUGUUUUUUUUUUUAUUUUUCUGUCUGUAUUGCUGUUUACAGAUUGACAUUCUGUUUACAGGUUGUUUGUUUAACUGCAUGCUAUAAAAAGUUAAGCUGUCUUUUUUGCCCUGUGUCUUUGCGUGGGUGCUGCAUGUUGUGUAAGUGAGCAAAUGAAAAGCUUUUCUUCAGAGGAAAGACUGGGUGGGGAACAGCACUGACCUGUUGUCUGGUGAACCUGCCGUAAGAGCACUUGUGUGCGCAUGUGUAUGUGUGUGUUUGUAAAUAUACAUAUGGGUUAAAAUGUGUCUUUAUUGUAUGUAUGCAAUGUUUAUUAGUUUCAUUUCUAUCAUUAUUGAUUCCUGUAAUUGAUCAGGGAACUGUUUGACUGUUUUCUUUUAAAUAAAAAAAUAUAUAUACAGUUCUGACUAUUUGAAUAUAGACAAAUGUGAAAGGCCGCUGGGCACAACAGUGUCCAACACUUCAGGGAAUGACAUGCUGUACAUAGAGAGCUUCACCCUCCCUAAUGAGAAUAAUCCAUUUUGUUGUCUGGUUUAGCUGUUUUGAUUUCAGUUAUAUCUGUUUUCUAUGUGAUAUUUUUUUUUUCCACCCAGCAUUCCAUGGGAAGCACAUGCCUUUGCUGUAAAGCAGCCAUAAUUUUGUUAUUCUGUGCCUGUGCAGGUGAAUAUUAAAAGACUGAUGCAAAGUCAAA